CCAGCCUCGACUCCUUGCUCAGGCAGACUUGAGGUGAAAGCUUCUCUAAGCAGCAGCACAAAAGAACUCAGCAGACCUCAUUUUGCAUCCUGUUCAAGCACCUUGUCAGCAUGUGUUCUCUCAGCACGACUGAUAUAAAGAACAUUAGAGACAUCUGGAGUAUCGUAUGUCAGAACCCAGAGGAGAAUGGACGAACUGUUGUAAUUAGACUUUUUUUAGAUUAUCCACAGACCAGAACAUAUUUCAAGAACUUUAAAAAUAUUGACACUGAAGAAGGUAUAAAAGAAAGCAGACAAGUCAGACAACAUGGUCGGAGAGUGGUAAUGCUACUGAGCAAAGUCAUUGAGUGUCUGGAAGACUGGGAUAAAACAUCAACUCUUUUGUCCGAAUUGGCAGACAGACACCAGCAGCAUCAUAAAGUAGAAGUUGUGAACUUCAAGUUCCUGUUUGCUGCACUCAAUAGUGUCUACAUUGAUGUCUUUGGGCCAACAUUCACACCAGAUAUAGAGGCGUCCUGGCAGAAGUUUUACUCUCUGACCUACCAACAGCUGGAAAAGUGUUACAGUACCUGUCCAUCAUCAUAGACUGCUGCAAAGUACUUCUUGUAUUUCAAGGGUGAUCAUAUAUGGUUUUGUUUCUUGGAUAUGCAGUCUUCAGAAUGAUGUUAAGUUCUUAUUUUUAAGCAGGGUAAAAGUUAAAGUAAUAUUAUUCAUUGUAAAGUAUAUUACAUAGAAAAAUGUAAAUAAGCAUAUUAGAGAAAUCAGAAACUGUCAGCAUUUAACUCAUUGUAUAACUAAGUAUUAAUACUGUGUACACAGAAAUAUUACUAGAACAUAUUGAUAAUAUUUACAAAUUCUGGCGUUAUGAAUAAACGUAUUUGUCAGCCUG